AUGAACAACAACGCAAGCCCCACGCUUACGCCGGAAGCCGACAGUACGGCGCGUCGCCGUUCCGGACGCGUCGUGAGAGCGCCGACUAAGUUUACGCCCGAGGCUACGACUCAAUCCGCCACUACGAAGCGCAAGAGAGAUGAACACGAUGAAGAGGAUGCCGAGAACGAGGCGCCAGAUUCAGACGAGGAGAUGAGCGACGAGAUUGAGGACGAUAGCGACGACGACCAUCCCGCGCCUAGGUCUAGGAAGAAGCCGUCGCAAUCAAGCCGCGCAAAGAAACCGUCCCUGAAGAAGCCGAAGAUCAAUGGGACGCAGCCUGCGCGUGCGGCUCAUCCUGCCGGGCUUCCCAGCAGACCCAAGAAGUCGGUCCGCAUCGACACGGGUGACAAGGGAACUGGCCUAUUUGCUGAAGUCUUUGGAUCUGGCGAUCCGUGCAGUACGGUAGCCCAGCAGUGGCUAGAGAAGUAUCGCGCGGAUGAAGCGCCGGCUCUUACAGACCUUGUGAACUGCAUCUUGCAGUGCGCCGGUUGCGAUCAGGAGGUUACGGAAGAUGAUAUUCGCGACCCCGAGAAUAUCCCAAACAGAUUGAUUGAUUUGCAGAGCGUCUAUCAAGAGCAACAAAUCACCGAUUAUCCACUGAUCUCCAAGUCGAAGAACACGAGAUCUUUUCGAGAUAUACUAGUGACCUUCUUCCACACGCUUAUUUCGCUCAUCCACGAGGCCGACGUCCUGUACAAAGAUCAGACUCUGAUCGAUAACCUGCAUGCAUGGCUGGCUAGUAUGUCCUCGUCCUCGCUCCGCCCCUUCCGCCAUACCGCAACCAGUAUCGCCCUGGCUGUUCAGUCCGGCUUAGUCUACGUCGCCGAUGCCCUCGACCAGCGUAUCAGCAGCCUCGAGCAGCAGCACCAGUCCUCAAAACGAGGCAAGAACAAGACGAGAACCGCGGAGAUCCAGCGAACCCUAGACGAGGCCAACGGGAAUCGCAAGCUCUGCAGCGAAGCCAUCCAGUCGUUUUUCGACACUGUAUUUGUCCACCGUUACCGAGACGUUGAUCCCAAGAUAAGAACUGAGUGCGUCGAGGCACUCGGGUCUUGGAUAUGGGACUUGCCGACCGUCUUCAUGGAGCCAGGCUAUUUGCGCUACUUGGGUUGGAUGCUCUCGGAUACUCAUGCGCCAACUCGCCAGGAAGUCCUGAAACAGCUUUCGAGGGUAUUUAGGCGAGACGCACAGCAACUUGGACACUUCAUCGACAGAUUCCGACCCAGAUUGAUCGAGAUGGCAUGCAGAGACUCAGAGGUCCCGGUCAGGGUGGCUGCUAUCUCCGUCAUUGAUACGCUACGCGCUGCGGCGAUGCUUGAGCCUGAUGAGAUUGAUUCUAUCGGUAAGCUCAUUUUCGACAAUGAACUCAGAAUCCGCAAAGCCGUUGUCGGGUUCUUCGUCUCGUGCGUUAUGGAUGUUCACGAGGGCAAGCUGGAAGAGAUUGGCGGCGCCGACACCUUGGACGAGCUCUUUGACAAUGUUGAGGAGGACGAUUUGGACGCUCCUCGCCAGGAAUGGGUCAACAUCAAGUGUCUCGCUGAAACUCUCGCUAUUUACGACGCUCAGAUCGAAGAGGACCACCAAAACGGAGAAUCCCUUAACUUGGAUGUUGCUGCUGAUCUGCUGGAGGCAACCGUUCCAGAUACCAGAAUUUCUCUGGCGUCCCAGGUUCUCUAUGAAAAGGUUCCCGAAAUCAAGAAGUGGGGAAUCUUGGCCGGUUAUUUGCUGUUUGAUCAUACAUCAAGCACCAAGGCCAAGUCCAAGGCUAAGGGCAAGGGCGAUUCUGCGGAGGUAUCCUUUAAGAAGGCGGUUGCCCCAUCGGCCGCAGAAGAGUCAAUCCUCCUGGAUGUCCUCAGCUCCGCUGUCAAAUUGAGUCUGGCCCAGACUAGCGAUGUUGACAGGAACAAGAAGAUUCGUUAUCGAACUGAAGCAAUGGAGGCUCAGGAGGAGAUUGCACUUGAGUUGGCAUCUCUGAUUCCAAGGCUUCUGAGCAAGUUUGGAGCCGAGCCAGAGACCGCCGCAAUUGUUCUCCGAUUGGUUCACUUUCUCAACCUUGACGUAUUUCAACAGCUUCGACAAGACGCCACCAAAUACGAGAGAUUGCUCGAUGAAAUCAGCACUCAAUUCAACAGACACGACGACCGGAGAGUUCUGUCCGAAGCGGCCACGGCCCUGUUGCACUCAAGACAAUACGACGAUCUCGAGGAAUUGACGGAUGGCAAGCUCGCAAAUCUUUGGGAGAAUGUUAUCACGGCGCUCCGAAAUUUCGACAAGACCUGCGAGCUCUCAGUUCGUGGAAACCUGACGGAAGCUCCCCUCAAAGAGUUGUCGACUAUUCUAUUAAAGAUCAGCAAGCUGUCGAGCAUCUCAGAUUGCGUUGACACAUUGGAGGCCGAGGGAGGGUCCGAAAGUACAUCCCCUAUCAUUCAGAUCUUGGCCGAGAUCGUCCAUCGUGGAAAGUACGAGCCUCUAGAAGAUGAAAUCGAUGACCUUGAGGACGAGGUCACGACCUUCGCUAUUAGAAGCUGCCAGUUCUACUUUAUGUGGAAGACACGAGCCCUCUCCAAGCUUCUUUCCUCUGGAGUGGGUAUUGCAGAUGCCGAACUCGACCGUUUAUCCCUCCUACGGCAGUCCUUCCGCAAACACAUCAUUGAGACCUUCUCUUCACGCGCGGCCAUUGACCAACUCCGAUUGUUUGCGACCGGAAGUUUGUGUGAUCUGCACCUCACCUUCGCGACACUUCGCCCGACGAUUGAGCAAUUCCGCCCGACUUCCAGCGCUGGCUCGCAAGCAACCGGCGGCGAGAAGUACAAGAGCCUAGUCCAGGAGAUUGAAUCCGGUCUCGUGCCUGAGUUGGUUUCCAUCUUCGAUGGCGCAGAGCGACAAUAUGCCAAGAAGUCAAAGAAGGACAAGACACUUAACGAACCAGCUGAGGACGAGGACCCAAUGGCCGAUGACGAGGAUCUUGAAGAAGAUGACGACGACGAGAACCUGUCAUACGAGGAGCGGUUUGCGGCUGAGCUCAAGACUGAGAAAGCUCUCUGCGAGUUGACGGCAAAGUACGUCUUGGCCAUCGGCGCGAAGCUCGUCGACGGCCGGGGCAACCAUGCUGGAAAGCUGCGCCGCCGCCUGCUCCGCAACCAGACUAAACUCGGAAACAACUUCAAAGAGGUUGUCGCCUAUCUGGACGAGGAGAAGCUCGCAGAGCGCACCAAGAAGAAGGCCGCCGCGGCGCACCCCACCUCCAAGCCCCAGAAGGCCCAGCUCAGCGAGGAGAUGAUCGUUGGCGAGGAUGAGGAUGAGGACGACGACAUCUUUGGCGAUGAGCCCCAGCCCGAGGAGGGCUCCCGCGAGGACCUCCGCCGGAGGGAGCUCUUGGAAGAGGAUCCGAUCGACGAUGAUGACGAAGAAGAAGAGGAACGACCAGCUCACGAUUCAGAUGACGAUGUUCUUGGGGAUUAA